AUGUCAGAAGACGAAAAGAUUUACGUUUCCUACAACAACAUUCACAAGCUCUGUCAGAACGCCGCGACCGAAAUCAGGUCGGUAGGUAAGCCUGAUAUUAUAAUAGCCAUCGGUGGUGGUGGUUUCAUCCCAGCCAGAAUCUUGAGAUCAUUCAUUAAGUAUCCUGGUGAGACAAAUAUUCCCAUUCAGGCUAUUGGUUUGUCGUUGUAUGAGAACAUGGGAGGUAUUGGUCAAGUGGAGAAGAUUGGCAAGGAGGUAGUAAGAACGCAAUGGUUGGACUUUGGUGCCUUGGAGCAGCAUUUUGACUCACUCAUUGGCAAGAACAUUCUGAUUGUUGACGAGGUUGAUGACACUAGAACCACACUUCAUUAUGCUUUGAAUGAACUUCACAAGGAUGUUGAGGAGCUGGCUGUCAAGCUGGGCAGAACUAACGAGCAUACCAAGUUCAGUAUCUUUGUGUUACACAACAAGGAUAAGCCCAAGAAGGCCGACAUAUCUCGAGAGAUGAUGAAUGGUGGAGUCUACAUUGCUGCCAAGACAGUGCCGGAUGCAUGGAUUGCGUAUCCAUGGGAGGCCAUUGAUAUUGACGAGCAUUCCGUUAAGGCCAUUGCACAGGGUAACAAUUAG